AUCGGUUUUGUAGUGUAGGAAACGGUAUUUUUGCUGAAAAUCCACCAUGAAGCUUCUCCUUCUGUGUGUCCUGCUGGGGGCAGCGGCUGCCUUUGAUGAUGAUAAGAUCGUCGGAGGUUACACUUGCGCCCCCAACUCCGUGCCCUACAUCGUCUCCCUGAAUGCCGGAUACCAUUUCUGUGGGGGGUCCCUGAUCAGCAGCCAAUGGGUCGUCUCUGCCGCUCACUGCUUUAUGAAUAAAAUCGAGGUGCGCCUGGGGGAACACGACAUCAAAGCCACCGAGGGGACAGAGCAGUUCAUUAACUCGGCCAAGGUGAUCAAGAACAAGGGCUACAGCCCCAGGACAUUGGACAACGAUAUCAUGUUGAUCAAACUGGCCACCCCCGCCAUUCUCAAUCAGUACGUCAGCCCCGUCCCACUGCCCUCCGGCUGCAUAGAGCCCCGCGCCAACUGUCUCAUCUCCGGCUGGGGCAACACUCUCAGCAGCGGCUCAAACUACCCCAACCUGCUCCAGUGUGUAAGUGCCCCUGUCCUGACGGCAGAUGAGUGCAACAAGGCCUACCCGGGGGAGAUUACACAGAACAUGAUCUGCGUGGGGUUCCUAGAGGGAGGAAAAGACUCCUGUCAGGGUGACUCCGGUGGCCCCGUGGUGUGUAACGGGGAGCUGCAGGGCAUUGUCUCCUGGGGCUACGGCUGUGCCGAAAAGAACUACCCCGGGGUCUACACCAAGGUCUGCAACUACAAUGCCUGGAUCGAGAGCACGGUGGCAGCAAACUGAGAUUUAUCCACAUUGUAUUGGGGGGAGAAACUGUUCUGUACGUGACACUUUGGGACAAUAAAUACCAUUAAUAAUAAAUAUC